AUGAAGAGGGCGGACACUGAGCGCGGAGCUGGGGAGGCAGGGGCCAAAGUAGCGGACCCCCCACCCCGCAGCGAAGGGGGGCGCUCAGGGAGUCUAUUCCUGGAGCAGGACCAAGUUUGGAACCACACCCUCCGUGACUAUAUUUGUGUGUCAGUCAGUCAGCGGGCAGGUGUACAAUCAACUGCAUCUCUGUCUGUCCGUCCGUUCAGGGUGGAUGCGUCAUAUGGAUGUGCACAUGGAUCUUAUAGCGUGGAGGCAGGUUAUAACGGCAUAGCUGUUAUUAGUUACUUGGAUAAUUACGAUACCGUUGGGCGUAUGGAGUGGAGAACGGCUCUCUUAAACCACCAUUUGAUCUGCAAGGGUAAGGACCCUCAUUAUCAGAAUCACGGAAGAAUCCAUAUAUUGCCGAUUGGAGUCCUGGAGAAAAGUUUUCUUGGACGCAGCGGUAUGAUUUGGACGCAGCACAAGGUACAAUGCAAAGGACCAUCAACAAUGACUCCCUUCAUACAAUAG